AUGAAUAAUCUGGUCUUGUACAGUUUGUACAACUGCAGUGCCACGGUGCUCGAUCGCAACGUCACGUUCCUGCUGAAGUUGAAUCGCAGCGAGCUUCUCAGCGUAUUGGGCGAUGCUCUCGACAGAUCGACCGAACACGAGGCCCUACGUGACGCGUUUUUCGAUUGCCUUUUUAAUUAUCAAGAACGGCCGUUCGACCUCCCAUGGUGGCAGAAGCUUUGCUGGUCACUGCUGUACGCCGCCAUGUUGUUGGUUGCCACUGGAGGGAAUAUUAUUGUCAUCUGGAUCGUGCUAGCACACCGACGGAUGCGCACAGUGACCAAUUACUUCUUGGUCAACCUCUCCAUAGCGGAUUUGAUGAUGUCGUUGCUCAACUGCGCCUUUAAUUUCAUUUUUCUUUUAAACUCUGAUUGGCCGUUCGGCGUGGUAUAUUGCACUAUUAACAACUUCGUGGCGCACGUGACGGUUGCCUCGAGUGUCCUCACACUGGUCGUAAUAUCUUUCGAUAGAUAUAUGGCCAUAAUGAGACCUCUCAAGCACCGCAUGUCUCGUAAAAGAACAGUAAUAAUUGUAUUCCUAAUAUGGACCAUUUCAUCAGUGUUAGCAUUACCGUGUUUAUUGUAUUCCACAACCGAGUCCAGAAGAUAUUCAAAUGGAAGGAGCAGAAUUUCGUGUUAUCUUCUGUGGCCGGAUGGAUCGUACUUGAAUAGCAAGAUCGAAUACUUCUAUAAUUUAGUGUUUCUGAGCGUAACAUACUUAAUACCUAUGACAGUAAUGGCGAUAUGUUACUCGUUCAUGGGACGUAAGCUGUGGGGUUCGAAAUCCAUAGGAGAGCUGACUUAUAAUCAGAAGAAAUCGAUAAAGUCCAAACGUAAGGUUGUGAAGAUGUUCAUAAUAGUAGUAACAAUAUUCGCAAUCUGCUGGCUGCCAUACCAAGCCAUUUUCAUUUUCCUAUAUCACCACAGACACUUCACGGAGACCAGUUAUAUUCAACACGUCUAUUUAAGCUUCUACUGGUUCGCCAUGUCAAAUGCUAUGGUAAACCCCAUCAUAUAUUACUGGAUGAACAAUAGAUUUCGCGUUUAUUUCCAGUUAGUCAUAUGUAAAUGGGAAUUAAAAAACAGUGGAAAUCGUCAGCUGCAGGAAUUCAUGGAUCAACGAUCAGAUAUUAUACCCUACAAUUCAGUACGUUUCAAAUCGUCUUCGAGUCGUUGGAAGCACGAAAUGACAGAAAGCCAGACGCAAAAUUUCAGGACACGAUCCAGCUACCGAAGAAGCCACAAACAAAACGCGACGGUUGUUUGAUUCCAACAAAAAAAAAAGUGACCCAG